CACACUGGAGCAGACGUGGCAAAGCACCACGUCAUCACUGUGGGCCGGCGCUUUAUUAUUAUUUAUGGGUGCAUUGUGUUAGUACCGCCAGCAGCUAUUCUGGGCUGAAGUUAAAAUAAAUACUACAGAGAAUAUGAUGGAAGAAAGUGGGAUUGAGACUACACCUCCUGCCAGCCCUACCCCUCCUCUGACUGUGGGUGGCCCAGUCGGAAGCCUGCCCACCACUGCUGGUCUGUCCACUUCACUGCCUCUCCCAGGAACAAUCAGUUCCCCCUCAGUCUCGACUUCUCUCCCCAGUGUCCCACCACUUCCUGCCUUCAGCAGCCCUCUGGCUGCACCGCUUCCCCUUUCUUCCCAAUUUCCCCCUGCCUCAACACUGGCCUCACCUUUCACCAGCAGCUCUGCCGUCCCUCCUGCUGCCUCCUUCUCUUUGCCUCCUCAGGCCUCUUCCAUCAGACCACCUCCUACUGCUUCCAGCAUGUUGGCCCCUCCUGUAGGUCCACCUGUAUCGAGCUUCUCUGUGGGUGCAGGAUAUGACAUCACACGAGGUCAUGCUGGUCGAACCCCACAGACACCGCUGAUGCCAACAUUUUCCAGUCCUGCUUCUAUACCAGGUGUGGUGUCCAACCCCAUGCUUCAGCAGUCAGUCAUUAGAGGAGGAUUAGAUACUGGAUCUUCAAUCACUUUCCCGGAGGAACAGGAGGAUCCCAGAGUGUCUGGAGACACCAACAGUGGUGGAGGCAUCUGGGGCUUUUUCAAGGGAGUAGCAGGAAACGCUGUAGUAAAGACAGUCUUAGACAAAACCAAACACUCUGUGGAGUCCAUGAUCACUACUCUUGAUCCUGGCAUGGCCCCAUACAUGAAGUCUGGUGGGGACAUUGACAUUGUUGUGACUUCAGAUAAGGAGAUGAAUGUGGGGGCCGUUAGAGAUGCUUUUCAGGAGGUUUUUGGGCUGGCCAUGGUCACUGGAGAGUCUGGUCAGUCAAACAUAGCUCCACAACCUGUGGGCUAUGCCGCUGGUGUCAAGGGGGCUCAGGAGCGCAUUGACAGUCUGCGUCGAGCUGGUGUGAUCCACGAGAGACAGCCAGUGGUCUCUUUAGAAAACUUCAUUGCUGAACUUUUUCCUGACAAGUGGUUUGACAUUGGAUGUUUAAUCCUUGAGGACCCUGGUCAGAACAUUCACAUCGAGGUCUUCACUCAGGCAACCCCUAUAGCAUUAGAGCACGUCCAGCAGGCUCAGUCCAUGACCCCUCCUGACUACAGCCUGCGCUGGUCAGGUCUGAGUGUUACCGUGGGUGAGGUCCUGGAGCAAAACCUUCCCAACAUCAACAGAACAGACUGGCACCAGGCCAUGACAGGCCUAACCCAACGCCAGAUGAUCCACAGUGCUUCCAAAGCUCUGGCUGGUAUCUACAAACAGCAGUUGCUUCCCAGGACUACGUCAGGCUGAAUGCUUCAAGUUUCUGUGACAUACUGAGAGGCGGUGGACAGUAAACUAGCUGAUGGGACAUGAAGGGACAUGAAAUCCCUAUCCUCCAUCCAUCUGUCCUGCACAACAAAGCCAACUGCACAUUUCGUUAAAGAUGUUUGUGCCCACAGAAGUUUUGCUGGCAUUCUCGUGUAUUUUAAUGGGUUUUACUGAAAAUUUAGAUUGCAUUUUGUUACGAUCAAGCUAUAAUGCUUUCUGAUCCUCUCUUCAUCCUUUUUAAAAAUGUUUAUCAGUAUAAGCACAUAUUAAGGCAAAGUUUAGUGUUUUAUUUAGGCAUUCUUACUCUUAAUGUAGAGCUUUUGUCCCAUUUGUACUUUUCUGUACCCUAAGUCCAGAUUUAGAAGGAAUAAUGCAGCAACUACCUGAUGUGAUUAGGCUGAAUGAAACAUUAAGAAGCCCUACAAUAUAGGAAAAAAUCUUUUUUUGGGGGGGCGGUGUAUUUUCUACCAUGCCCUAGGGCCAUUAUAACCAGCUACUCCCUAUACAAUGUACUAACUGCAUGCCAACAUCUCUUGUUACUCCAGACUUUUUGCUGCACUCAUCCAGGGCUUAAUCACUAAUUUGUAAGCUUCAUACCCAAAACUUUCCUCUGACGUCAAACAAGUUUAGACAGAAUGCAGCUUCCUUUUUUUUUUCUUUCUUUUUUUUUUUGGCAGUGUAAAUAAAAUCCAAUUGGAAUUGCAGUUAUCAAACAUUAAUUGUUAUGAUUAACUGUUAUUUGUUGAUACAAUGCUCAGUUAAUACAAAAAUAAAUAUAAUUGACCAUUUAACCCGAACAAAAAAAAAUUGAGCCAUGUCAUUACAACAUAUCUAUACAUAAAAAUCUUAAUUUCACAUAUUGUUACCUUGAUGAAUGUGACCUAAAUUAACUUUGUAGCAAACAGCAGACAUCUUCCUGAUGCUACUGACCUCCAUCAGCAGGAUAAUACAUCCUUCAGUAUCACAAAAACUGCUAAUGGAUGGUUCAAGCACUGUAGCAUGGAGUGUUGAGACUGGCCCAAGCCUUCCGUGACAUAAAUCCAGUUGAGGGCGACGAGUCAUAUUUGCAGACUCCUUGGAUGGCCACCCAAUUAAUGAAGUAUUUCGAUUCAUUGUCCUACAUAAAGACCAUGGCUGACUUGAAUGCUAAUACAAAUUUAUACAUAAAGUGUUUCUGUCCCAUGCAGCUAAACCAUAACAAUGAUUUACUUAAUUUAUUUCUUAGGGCUUCAAGUGGUAAGAAACUGUCAGAAACACUAGAUCUAACUUUCUGUCAGUUACAGUUGGGUGUAAAGAAUAUUCUUAUGCAUAUCUUGUGCUGUGCCUUUUUACAUAAAUAAAUCACUUUUUAAUGCUGA